AUGGCGACGACAAUGGAAGGGCAAGAUAGAGUUCUAGCCACAGCUCAGCAAAUUGUAAAGAGUCUAAACAUGAAUACACAAGCAACGGAAGACAUGAUCUUGAUCCUUUCUCGAUUUGAUAAUCGGUUGUCAAACAUCUCCGAUUUGAUGGACGGCAGUGCCGAUGAUAGCAAAACUAGGAAUCAAUUUGAUAGAGCCGAGAAGAUUAUUCUUGAACACGAUCCAGGCGGUGCCAGUAAUCCGUCGUCGAGGAAUUCGUUGCCGUGGGAGGAAUGUCCUGAAGAGGCUUCAGAGUACUUGGCCGCGGUUGAUCUGAUUAUUCAGUUGACGGAAGGUCUGAAUGUCGAAUCGGAGGAAGACGACGACGUCAUGGAUCGAGCUGAGAACGCGCUGCAGUUGGCUAUGUCGAGGCUCGAGGACGAGUUUCGUCAUAUUUUGAUCCGUAACACUGUUCCUCUAGACGCAGAUCGGCUGUACGGAUCUGUCCGUUCAGUUUCACGCUCCUUUACCUUCAACAAUGGCGAAAUAGGAGACGCAGUAGAGAGUUUUCGAGAGGACGAACAAGAAGGGAGCGGCUAUCAUCACGAGAGAGGUGCAAGCUUAGGCGGUGAUUUUUGUGUGGAUUUGAUUCGUGUUGAAGCAAUAGAGGAGCUUAAAGACAUCGCUGAUCGGAUGAUUAGGUCAGGCUACGAAAAAGAGUGCUGCCAGGUAUACAGUAACGUCCGCCGUGAUGUCCUGGAUGAGUGUUUGUCGAUUCUGGGCGUGGAAAGGCAUAGCAUCGAAGAGGUACAGAGAAUUGAAUGGAAGAUUUUGGAUGAAAAAGCCAAGAAAUGGAUCUUAGCUAUCAAAGUUGUAGUUAGGGUUCUCUUAUUUGGGGAAAAGCGUCUAUGUGAACAGGUCUUCAACGAAUCAGAACUUAUUCAAGAACUCUGCUUUGUUGAAACGACAAAAGGUUGUGUGAUGCAGCUCUUGAACUUUGGUGAGGCAGUAGCCAUUGGUGUAAGAUCUUCAGAGAAACUAUUUCGAAUUCUUGACAUGUACGAAGUUCUUGUAGAUGCUUCACAAGAUUUAGAAGCUUUAUAUGACUCUGGAGAGUUAGUUUGCAGCGAAGUGAAGGGAGUUUUGAAAGGACUCAGCAUGUCAGCUGUAGGGACAUUUGUUGAAUUUGAGAAAGCUGUAAAGGCUGAAACCUCUAAACCUAUCCAUGGUGGUGACAUUCAUCCAAUAACCCGUUAUGUCAUGAAUUACAUGAAAUUACUAGUGGAUUACAGUGACACAUUAAACUCCCUCUUGCCAGAUGACUCUGGUUCAUCACAAAUUGACAAUGGUGAAUGUGUUGCAGCUAUCUCCCCUAUUGGAACCCGUCUACAGUUACUGAUCACUUCUUUGGAGUCAAACAUUGAGGAAAAGUCAACAUCGUAUGAAGAUGGUGCAAUGAGGUACAUAUUCUUGAUGAAUAACAUUCUUUACAUAAUUCAGAAAGUGAAAGAUUCAGAGCUUCGAACACUCAUGGGUGAUCAAUGGAUUCGCAAACGACGUGGCAAGAUUCGUCAAUGGCACACAAGUUAUCUGAGAGCAGCAUGGAGCAAAGCUUUGUUGUGUCUGAAAGAUGAAGGAAUUGGUGGGACUUCAAGUGCUUCCUUCAAGUCAGCUUGGAAGGUUCCAGAUAAUCAACUAAGGGAGGAACUUAGGAUUUCUAUAUCAGAGAAAGUUCUUCCUGCAUAUCGUGCUUUUUUGGGGAGAUUUGGGAGUCAAUUAGAGAGUGGAAGACAUGGAGGGAAGAUGGAUGCAUCACUCUUGCAAGGUUCAAGACUUGUCAACCUUUCUGCUGAUCAAGAAAAAGAAAAAAAAAAUAGAAUUUUGAUACUAACAGGAGCUGUUAGCCUGUGACUGUGAAAGCAUAUUUUGAAAAAGGAGAAUAUUAUAAUAAUAUUUUUGAACUAUAUUAUCUUGCACUUGUUGACAACAUCUGCAUAUUAUUA